AUGCUGCUGGGCCCCUGGCUGCUGGCGGCGGCGGCGGCGGUGGCGGCGGCGGGCGCGGGCUGCCCGGUGCUGUGCAGCUGCCGCGGGCAGGCGGUGGACUGCAGCGGGCAGCGGCUCUUCUCCGUGCCCCCCGAGCUGCCGCUGGACACCGGCAACCUGAGCCUGGCCCACAACCGCAUCGCCAGCAUCCCGCCGGGCUACCUGGGCUGCUACGGGCAGCUGCGCGCCCUCGACCUGCGCAACAACUCGCUGGCGGCGCUGCCGGCCGGGCUGUUCCGCGGCGCCCGGCGCCUGGCGCACCUGGACCUGAGCUACAACAACUUCAGCCUGGUGCCCGCGGACAUGUUCCGCGAGGCCAGCGCGCUGCUGCGCCUCGACCUCAGCCACAACCCGGGGCUGCGCCGCGUCCACCCGCAGGCCUUCCGCGGCCUAGCCCAGCUGCGGGAGCUGGACCUCAGCUACGGCGGCCUGGCCGCCCUCAGCCUCGACGCCCUGGAGGGGCUGCCCGGCCUCGUGGGGCUGCGCCUGGGGGGCAACCCCUGGCUCUGCGGCUGCGCCAUGGAGCCGCUCCUUAAGUGGCUGAGGGGCCGCAUCCAGCGCUGCUCCUCGGAUUCACAGCAGGCGGAGUGCUGGGCUCCCCCCGAGGUGGCGGGGGCCCCACUGCUGUCGCUGACGGAGGAGAGCUUCCAGGCCUGCCACCUGACUCUGACCCUCGACGACUAUCUCUUCAUCGCCUUCGUCGGCUUCGUCGUCUCCAUCGCCUCGGUGGCCACCAACUUCCUGCUGGGCAUCACGGCCAACUGCUGCCACCGCUGGAGCAAGGCCAGUGAGGACGAGGACGUUUAGGGACCGCCGCUGCCACCACCGCCGA